AUGGACGGUAACAUCAUGAGUGAACAAUUGAAGACGAUCGUUGCGGUCCUGAACAAGGCACCCUUCAAUCACUCCUAUAAUCUCAUCACCUUCGAUGCUCUGAAAAACGACCAGAUCCUUCAGAUCCUUAACGAUGUAUUGGCGGAGAUCGACCCCAAGCAGGUGGGAGACAUCCGCGAGGAAGAACCGGAUCAAAUGGCCUUGCGGAUGUUCGGCACUCUCCGAAUCCUCAAAUACCCCACGCCAGGCAACCCGAGCGAAUUCCUGCAAGGUCUGGUGAAAGGAGAGAAGCAUGUGAUCUACCCGAUCCUGGAAUGGCUCCUCCGACGCGUUCCAGAGUUGAAAAAAAGAGCCUACUUGGCAAGAUAUCUGGUGAAGGUGGACAUCCCCAUGGAGAUCGUCGCUGACGUUGAUGUCGGCGAACUUUACAACCAGUAUGAGCUGUUGAUCGAGCAAUUCAAAGAAGUGCACAAGGAGUGCGAGAACCUGAAAAGAUCGGGGUUUUCUACGGGUGAGAUGAGGAAAGACAUCGAGAACAUGGAAGCGGAAAGAGAAGUGGAAGGUGCCCCAAAUCAUUUGGCCAUGCUGACAGUGGCCAAGAAUCUCCGAAUCGAAAGAGAACGCGAGAGGGAAUUGAGCGGUCAAGAGGAAGACCAAACCUCGGCCGUCUCUCAUGCAGAGCAGCGGAUUCAACGACUCCAGGGAACUUUGAAGUCCCUACGUCAAGCUGGACUGGGUGCCACUCCCGAGGGAUUGAUGCAGAAGCUGGAGGAGGAAGUCCGAGUGAAUACGUACAUCGUGGAGGAGAAAUUGCCGAGAGAGCUGGCUCAAAAGAAAAUUGGGGUGGAGACGAUGCAAAGGGUAGCUGCUGAGCCUGCCAUGGGUCAAAACGAGCUCCAAAACAUCAAAAGCAAGAUCGCCCAGGUUCAAGCUCAGAUACAGAGUGCCCAAGAGAGGAAAUUGACGGAUAACGACCCGAAAGAUGACGAAUUGACUCACUUCCGCCAAAGAGCAGCCGUGAUUGCCCGUAAGAAAGAUGCCGCAGCGGAAAAACUCAACGAGCUACGCAGUGAGAAGGCGACCAUAGAAGAGGACAUCAAGGAAAAGAACUCCCAGAUGGCGGCGCUGGGGAACGAGACAUUGAUUCGAGGGGAGGACUUCAAGGAGUACGUGAACAAACUCCGAGGGAAGAGUUCCAUCUACAAGACGAAGAAGACGGAAUUGUCGGAACUUCGAUCCGAGUUCGGCGUCCUCAGUCGGACGGAAGAGAUCCUGAAGCAAAGAAACGAGAACAUCCUCCAAGCUCUGGCAACCAUGGAGGCUCGUGAGGGUGUGUCUGGGUUCCGAGGUACACAGGAGCGGUUGGAGCAAUUGUCUCAGGCGAAAAGUGGCUUGGAUGAGGCGAAAGGGAAGACCCUGGAGGAGAUGUCCGAUCUCGUCCUACAACUCAAUACUAAAAUCGCAGAUCGGAAAGCUCACCUCGCCCCCAUAAUCAAAGGUCUCACGCUCUACUCAAUCUCGAUUUUUCCA